CCUGCGGGAGAGAGAGUAGAACACGACGACAGAGGGUUUUAUGUAUUUUAUGUCUUAUGAUUUCUUACUUCUGCACAUGUCAGAGCUCGUGCUGAAGCCCUCCGCCCACUGAGCUACGGCUCAGACCCUCCUCUCUCAUUCACUCCGGACGCAUCUUCCACCAGCUGUGUCCAGCAUGACUGCCGACAGCAGGUACAAGAGCCGCGCGCCCCAGACAGAUGAUGGAGAGGAAAAAGAAUAUGUUGGUUUUGCCACACUGCCCAACCAGUUGCACAGGAAGUCAGUGAAAAAAGGCUUUGACUUCACACUCUUGGUUGCAGGUGAGUCUGGCCUAGGUAAAUCCACUCUGGUGAACAGCCUUUUCCUCACUGAUCUUCAUAAAGACAGAAAGCUGCUCAACGCUGAAGAGCGCAUCAGUCAGACAGUGGAAAUCACAAAGCACACUGUGGACAUUGAGGAAAAGGGGGUGAAAUUGAAACUUACAGUUGUGGACACCCCAGGAUUUGGAGAUGCUGUCAACAACACGGCGUGCUGGAGGCCCAUUACAGAUUAUAUCGACCAGCAGUUUGAACAGUACUUCAGAGAUGAGAGCGGACUCAACAGGAAGAACAUCCAGGACAACAGAGUGCACUGCUGCCUCUACUUCAUACCCCCAUUCGGACAUGGGCUUCAUCCUGUUGAUAUAGAGUUCAUGAAGGCCCUGCAGGAUAAAGUUAAUGUGGUUCCUCUCAUCGCUAAAGCUGACUGCCUCACUCCCUUUGAGAUAAAGAAACUCAAAGAAAGGGUGAGGGAAGAGAUCGAUAAAUAUGGGAUAAAGAUCUAUCAGUUCCCUCACUGUGACUCGGAUGAGGAUGAAGAGUUCAAGCAGCAAGAUAAAGAGCUGAAGGAGAGCACGCCGUUUGCUGUGAUUGGUAGCAACACUGUGGUAGAAGCUCGAGGUCAUAGAGUGAGAGGGAGAGUCUACCCCUGGGGCAUUGUGGAGGUGGAGAACCCGUCUCACUGCGACUUUGUAAAGCUGAGAACCAUGCUGAUAAGAACCCACAUGCACGACCUGAAGGACAUCACCAGUGACUGUCACUAUGAGAACUACAGGGCACAGUGCAUCCAGAACAUGACGAGUAAGAUGAAUGCAGAUAAGCGUGUGGAGAGCCCCAACCCGAUUCUGCCACUGUCUACACCAGAUAUUGAGGCUGAGAAGCUUAUCAAGACGAAAGAUGAAGAACUGAGGAGGAUGCAGCAGAUGCUUCAGAAGAUGCAGCAGCAGAUGCAUGAACAGGAACUGUGACUCCGCUCUCCCACAGCAUCUCUGUCCCUUUAUAUCUUUAUUUAGAUGGCAGUGAUCCCUCACCGAUGCCAUGUUUUUAGGGGUUGAGAUGAAAAAUUCUUCAGUGUCAAUAUUUCACCUAAUUCUUUAAACUCUGGUCACAAAAAAUAUAGUAGCUGAAUGACAGCAUGAUGUUUUUGCCGUUUGAUAAAGUACAGUCAUUAGCCAAGUGAGUCAUGUUAAACAAUAGGGAGUAGCUUGCACUUUGUUAUUUUUAGACCACAGGCUUAGGGAUGGUUAGUUUACUUGAAAUGCUCCAUGUAUGCCCUCAAUGAAUUAAGUAGUUUAUUCACUGAUUGUUUGUACUGUACUUGUGGACUGACAAACAGCUGGAACAGCUGCUGGUAAUAUAAUAACAAUACUAAUAAUACUUAUUCUGAAUGUGGGGUUUUCCUACAAUGGUCAGAUGAUACAGUGAGUGGAACUGAAAUGCUGACUGGAGAAACACACUGCUCUUUGAGGUUUAAUAUCUGCUUAAUCAGGCUUAAUAUAAUCAGUGUCCUGAUCAGGACUCAGGAUCAGGAGUAGUCUAAUAACUUAUUUCCCAUAAUACUGAAAUUAUAAUAUAAAGUACUUUGUAUUUGAGUGGACAUGCUGAUGUUUUUAAAUGGGUUUCUAUUAAACCCAGAGAUGGUUGGGUGGGGUAUUACACAUCAA